AUGUCCCCAAAGUCAAGGUCAAAGGAGGACGAACGGAGGUCAAAGGAGAAGGAUCCCACCCCAUCUUCCCAUCAUCACCGUUCGUCCCGACAUUCCAAUGACCGAAAGAAGGAUCGAAAAAAGUCAAGAUCUCCUCGAAGAAGCCGACAGUACAGUGUGUCUCCAAAACGGUGAGCAUUUAAUUAUUCAUGGUGUUGAAGUUUAGAGGAAUUUGACGUUAGUUGUUUUGAUUCUAAUGUUUCAUUAUUUACAAUCCGAUGGUUUGACCUUUAUUUGUAUUUGAUUGUUCGUUUUCAGACGAUCUUUGUCUAGAAGCAGAUCUCCUCUGAGGGCGAGCUCAGCUCGGAAGCAUCGAGAUGAAGAGAAUGGACACAGAAGGCGUCACGACUCUAGAGCUCAGUCAAAAUCGGCUAGUAGGCAUCGAUAUUACAAGAGAACACCCUCUCCUCGGAACAGUUCGUAAGUUUUUAUUCUUCCUUUAUAUGGUGUUUAGAUCAAAUGAUUAUCGUCGAAAAGAUCGGAGAGAAAAGGAUCGAAGGACAAGAAAAAGGUCCCGGGGACGACAGAGCUCUUCAGAAUCUACGGAUAGCACCACGUCCUCUUCUCCUUCACCUGCUCCAGUGAGUGUUAUCUUAAUUUCAUCUUUUUUAAAGUUUAUUUUAGUUUAAGGUUUCGUAUUUUAGGUGAAAACCAACAAUAUAAAACCCAAGAACGGUCCAAUAGCCGUUCCUCCUCCAGUGCCGCCAAUAUUAGCCUCAAGCUCGGUGAUAUCAGCGUAUAAUAUGACAACACUGAUGGAGCCACCAGUAGUGCCUCUUCCAAGUUAUGUGAGUUGCCAUGUGUGCAGUUAUUAUUAUUUAUUUCAACUUUUAUAGUGUGGUAAUAUAAAUUACGUACAUUCCGCAACAACAUUUCAACUUCUUCCGCCUCCCCCGCCCCCUCCUCCACCUGGAGUGGACCCAAUUAUUGAUCUUCCCCCACCUCCGCCCCCGUCCACACCUCCGCCGCCAGAACCUCCGAGACAUCACACUGAUCCAAAUAUGAAUGCCAUGAGCAAUAUAUUGAAUUCUAAGAAUUUACGGAGUAAUUUCACAAGUCCCUUGGUGAUGAGAAGACUUAUGAGCCAGAAAGUGGUGUAAGUUUAAUGAUUUUGACGAAGGUUUUGAAUUUUCCAAAUUUAUUUUGCAUAUUUAGGGUAUACAAGAAGGAUAAUAUCGCCGAUCUUCCCUCUUAUUGGGGCCGAAUGACCCUCGCCGAUUAUAAAAUCGAAUCUCAAGUGGGAGAGGGGACUUAUGGACAAGUUUAUAAGGCCCGGAAUAGUCGAAAUUGUAAGAAUUUUAUACGAGUAAUUGAAUGGUCUCUUGGGGAGCGGUUUUGAAUAAUAUGAAUAAUUUCAGCGCAGUUGGUUGCGUUGAAAAAGGUCCGAUUGGAGAACGAAAAGGACGGAUUCCCCAUCACGGCGGUCAGAGAAAUCAAAUUGUUGAGGAAAUUGGAUCAUCAGAAUAUUGUAAAGUUACUGGACAUAAUCACCGAAAGCCCCGCCGACAAGAAAAAAGAUAUUAGUAAGAGAUUUUGGGUCAAGUAGAAUAUAAGAGUUCGUUUUCCAAUUCAAGCUUCAUUUUUAGGCGCGUUUUAUUUGGUUUUUGAGUACGUGGACCAUGAUUUGAAUGGUCUUUUGGAGUCGCAACUGGUCACUUUCAACGAGCAGACCUGUGCCGCUCUCUUCAAACAACUUUUGUUAGCUUUACAACAUUGUCAUUCUAAUAAUCUGCUCCACCGAGAUUUAAAAUGCGCUAAUAUUUUGGUCAACAACAAGUAAGGGAAUUUUUUUGUAUCUUACGUUAGAUUUUGACUUUUUAUUUGUAUAACUGUAGUGUGUAAUAUAAAAUUUCGAAAUAUUUUUACUAUCCUGACUCAUUCUUAUUUCUUCUUCGUUUCAGAGGCGAGUUGAAACUUGGAGAUUUUGGUUUGGCCCGGAUAUACACAACAAAGAGCAGGUUAUACACGAAUCGGGUCAUCACUUUGUGGUAUCGACCUCCAGAGCUUUUACUGGGCGCUGAAAGUUAUGGCCCAUCGAUUGAUAUCUGGAGUGCAGGGUAAUUGGAAGAGGGUACAAUAUUAUUAUAAAUUUUUAGGUGUAUUCUCGGGGAAUUGUUUGUCAAAAAGCCCAUUUUCCAAGGCCAAUCGGAGCCAGCCCAAUUGGAGGCAAUCGUCCAGAUUUGUGGAAGUCCGACGGCCCAAGUCUGGCCUGAUGUGAUCCAUCUCAAGCAUUACCAUGCCUUUAAGGCAAAAACAUAUUCCAAUAGGACUUUGAAGAAUAGAUUUGCCUUGUGAGUACUGUAAUUUAUAUUGUGAUUAGCUUUUAUCGAUCAUUUUUUAUUUAUAUUGAAUAUUUUAUAGUUUGCCCACAGGAGCACUGGAUUUGUUCGAUAAAUGCCUGGCAUUGGACCCGACAAAGCGUCCGACGGCGGACGAAGCGCUUCUCCACCCAUGGCUGCUCAAUGUGGACCCAAAAAUGUGCAAAAUGCACCUUCCACAAGACCAAGACUGUCACGAAAUGUGGUCCAAAAAGAACCGCCAGGAGCAAAAGGAAAAGAUAAGGCGUGCCCAUCAGGUAUACCGAUAA